AUCGAGGAUCGGCCAACUGCCCAUAAAACACAUUGAUUAGCAUCUCGGUCUUAUCGAGUCCCAUUUCAAUCGGACUCAAACUACUACCGAUACAACAGUGUGAGGAACGACACAGCACACUAUGACCAAACACUCCAACGCAUUCCAAGUCCACGAUAAGCGCUUCCACUCCAUUCUCGGUCAAUCGCCGUCUCUAGAACUACUAGCAGAAAACGAAUCAUACCCGUUCGCCCACGAAGCCGGCGUUUUCAUUGCCUCCACCAACCACCUGUUCAUAACCAGCAGCCGCAUCACAGACGCCCGGGGCGAGCAAUCCGUCCGCAUCACCCGCGUGCAUCUCAAUGAAACCCCAGUGAAAUGUGAGGAAAUCCUGACCAGCAUACCGCUCGCAAACGGCGGCCUGAACUACGGCGAUGACGGGUCCAGUGGACUCUAUCUCAUGUCCACGGAACCACCAUACACCAGCAAGCUCCUGAAGGCGGACUUCUACGGCCGUCCGUUUAGCUCCGUGAACGAUGUCGUGGUGCACUCGGAUGGGUCGAUCUGGCUCACGGACCCAACUUAUGGCUUUGAACAGGGGUAUCGGCCGACGCCUUCAUUACCCAGUCAGGUAUACAGAUGGAAUCCAGUGAGUGGGAAUAUUCGGGCAAUGGCAGACGGAUUCGGAAAACCGAAUGGGAUCUGUUUCUCACCUGAUGAAAAGACCGUUUAUGUGACUGAUACGCACUGGUUGCAUGGUAAUGGGAGUACAGAUGACCAGAGGGUUUCUUCGAUAUAUGCAUUCAACGUAUCGACCUACCACGGCGAACCCUUUCUUACAAACCAGAGACUCUUCGCAAUGGCCGAUAAAGGUAUCCCAGACGGGAUUAAAUGUGAUCUAGACGGGAAUGUGUACAGCGGCUGUGGUGACGGAAUCAAUGUCUGGUCUCCUGGCGGUGUUCUGCUCGGACGUAUUCUGAUCGACGGGGGAGUCGCCAAUUUCUGCUUCGGAAAGGGUGGUGAAAUGUUCGCAUUGAAUGAGCAUCGGCUAUGGAGGGUCCAGCUGGGAGGUAAUGUGAAGGGUGCAUUGUUACGGAUUUAAUAUAUGCACAUAGAUGAUUUAAUUGGCUACAUUUGCAUUUUAGGGUUGUUUACAGGGCGGGCGACUUAGGGAUAUCGCCUCGUCUCGGGCAUGGCUUGGCUCUGACGCUAAGGCAUCCUGUCGGAGAAUUCUCCUAUUAAUCAAUUCUGCAUUGUCAUUAAUAAAUCGACG